AUGCCUCCAGCAGUGAAGCAACGACGUGGUUGGCCGCCACCGUUGCUCGCGUUCCUAUCAGCCAAGACCGCUGGCUCCUCAGCCAUGGCAAUGCCAGUUGAUGAGCCACCCCUCGUCAAUGUCGUUGCUCUUCACAGACACCGACUUCCAACUCCGACCGACCCUGCAGCCCGUCGUCACGUACCACCUCAGUACUCCCCCGGAAGAGAUGGAUUAUGGAGGAGGAUUGACUCUUACACCCUUGUGGGCUCGACAAUAUGCGAUCAGACUUGCAAGGUGACCCCAACGACCAUCAAGGAGACAGACACCGAGUUCUUCAACACGAUUCCCUCUGGCUGGGUGCGCGACACCAUAUCAACCCCCGCCCGGACAUCCAUCACUGUCGCACUCUCAGUUUCGCUUGCCGUGUUCAUCUUCUUGACACUCAUUCGCUGUCACUUCUCUCUACGAAAGAGUCACCGGCGAAGGAGGGAUCUCGAGAAGCAGAAAGCAAUAAAACGGGGAGACAUCCAUGCGAGCACAGAAACCCUUACCCCGAAACCACCCACUGGGCCCAAGUCCCGCAAAUGGAUGGCCAAAGCGACAGAACGCUGGCGGGAGAAUGCGCGAUAUCUUGCUCGUCAACGCAGAGGUCGUAGGACUAGUCGGAGAGGUUCGACAGACUCACUCUCUGAGCCGAAACUCCCAACUGAACCCUCCACUCCCCGACCUGCUUCUCCUUCUCCGUCCACAACCCAAACCCUUUCAGGCCCAGAAGAGGUCGAGCCCUCACCCGAACCCACUCAGGCACCGGCAUUGGAGCCACCAGCCUAUCUUUCCCCGCCUCAGCUUAAACCCUCACCAGCUAUGGACCUGCGCACCAUUCUGGCGUCAGACUCACCCUCCAUCGACACUUUUCCGCCUUACACCCCCCGACCAGCGCCAGACGAGUCUUGUGACUACUUCAAUCCCCAACCCGCAGUACCUCCCGAUAAUACAGCCCAUUUAGCAACAGACGACAAAGCUUUACUGGCCCGUCUAGCAGAGCGAGUAUCGGCACCUGACAUGCGUGCUGGCUCUUCUCGGCCAACUAGCUCAGUUCCCACCCAACCUACUCAUGUCGAACCAAGGGCCCCUCCAGAAGAUGACCUUGACUAUGACUUCGAAGGCUUCGAAUGGUCCUCGACCGAUCCCUCAUUCCAGCCCCCUCCAGAGCAACAAGCUGAAUGCAGUCGCAGUCACAGUCGGCCACCGUCAUCACCGCGAUUGCCUUCACCUCCGCCCGCCAUUGAUGCUUCGAGUUCAUUCGAGAAGAUGCAGCUUGAGCGGGCAUAUGCAGCGCAUGAUCUCGAUCAAAACAUCGAUUUAGGCGGGCCAUCGAUGCCAUUACCUUCUGCCCCCCCUCCUUUCAAUCUUGAGGAAGGGGUGGUGAGCGUACCGUCAGCGCCAGCGUUUGAUGAAUUUGAUGACGAUGUCUACCCGGAAGCGGGACCGAGUUCACCCAGGGCACCGCCAUUGCAGGAAUUGGAGUUUGAGGAGGACCAGUUGGAAUAUGCGGACGAGGACGAAUUGAGGAAUGCCGCUACCCUGCAACACGACCCAGACCGACAUCUGCAGGAUCCGCCUUUGGUGACUGGAAAACAAGAGGCUGAAUUACCGGAGGGGGAAAACCCAAGGUCGUUAGAGCAUGAAGCCCACGACACGGGAUGGGACGGUGGUUAA